AUGGAUAGCCUCAUUCACAAAUUUAAUAAUUUAAAUGUCUCUAAAAUUGGAAAUCCAGAAUUCGACCCUGUCACCAAAAUGAAAGAUGUUAGAGGAAUUCUUAAUACUAACUUUAAAGAUGUUAAUUUAAUUCUUACUUUGACUGAUGACAUCAAAAGUAUUAUUUCUUUGGAUCAAGCAGAAGUUUUUCAAAGAAAAUUAACUCAGCAUGUCAAAGAUAAAAUUGAAAGUUUCCGUCAACCAAAACAUGGUAUUUUAAAUUCUGGAAAAAGAUUAGAAGAAGAGUUAGUAUGUUUCUUUUAA